GUCACGAAUCUGCAGAGAUGCUGAAGGAGCCGCAAGAAUAAAGGGACAUUUACAAAAACACGCUGCUGUUUGUGCGUAUGUCAGAGCAAAGGAAACCUCUCAUCGUCCUCAUAGAUGGACAGUCCGCGUAUUUAUACCAUUUGACGUCUUUAACAUGAUUUUAAAUCGUAUUUUGUGAGAUUUAACAACCACACCCGGCGCUGAGAGGAUCUGGAUUGAGCGGGAACCUUAAGGCUCCAAUGCCUUAUCCAGGCCCCUGUCGCUGGUGUUAGGGGACAGGCUCUGAGCAGACCACAGACAGGAUGAGUGCAGGGCUGGAGCAGACAGAUAUCCUGUCCUCAGGCAUCCUGGUGAAGGAACGAUGGAAAGUACUGAAAAAAAUUGGUGGUGGUGGCUUUGGCGAGAUCUACGAGGCACUGGACCUAAUGAACCGGACCAGUGUGGCUCUGAAAGCAGAGUCUGCCCAACAGCCCAAGCAGGUUCUGAAGAUGGAGGUGGCGGUUCUGAAGAAACUUCAAGGAAAAGAUCACGUUUGCCGAUUUGUCGGAUGUGGCCGCAAUGAUCGAUUCAACUAUGUUGUCAUGGAGCUUCAGGGUCGUAAUUUAGCGGAACUGAGGAGGAGUAUGAACCGCGGUACUUUCACAGUCAGCACUACACUCAGACUAGGGCUGCAGAUACUGGAAGCCAUUGAGAGCAUCCACUCUGUGGGCUUUUUACACCGUGAUAUCAAACCAUCCAAUUUUGCAAUGGGUCGAUUCCCCAGCACAUGUCGGACCUGCUACAUGUUAGAUUUUGGUUUGGCACGCCAAUUUACCAAUUCAUGCCAAGAAGUUCGACCGCCCCGUCCUGUUGCAGGGUUUAGGGGUACAGUACGAUAUGCCUCAAUCAAUGCUCAUAAGAACAAGGAGAUGGGAAGACAUGAUGACUUAUGGUCUCUGUUCUACAUGCUGGUGGAGUUCUUGGUCGGGCAACUACCCUGGAGAAAGAUAAAAGACAAGGAUCAAGUAGGGAAGUUAAAAGAGACAUACGAUCAUCGGCUAAUGUUGAAGCACCUGCCCCCAGACUUCAGUGUCUUUCUCGAUCACAUCAGCAAUGUGGACUAUUUUACCAAACCAGACUAUCAGCUAUUGCAGACUGUUUUUGAGAACAGCAUGAGGACCUAUAACGCAGUAGAGAAUGACCCUUAUGACUGGGAAAGGAUGAGCUCCGACAACCAGCUUAUGAUCAAUACUGCGGCCAACACUCCACAGCACCACACACGCCUCACACAAGCUCAUAUGGGCUUUGCAAAUGCAUCCUUGGUGCCUGGAGAACUUCUGAAGGAGAACACAGAUGAAGUUCUGCAGGAUGAGCAGCUCAGUGAUGGGGAAAAUGCCCAGCCGGAGCACCUUACUGGAUCUCCCAAACUUCCUCAGAGGAACCAGGAGACUGAUGUCUGGGAGGACUUGGACUGUAACCGCAAUAGAAUCUGUCCUGCUGUCUGGAAGCUGGGAACAGAGGAGGAGCAUUGUAACCAAGGCAAUCAGAGCUCUCAUGCUGGGCCAAGCAUGGGUUCCCCAGUGCGAGUCCGAUCAGAGGUGGUGCCCUCAGAUAGAGACACUCCGCUUUUGAGGAAACUUCGCAACAUCCACAGCUUUGAGCUAGAAAAGAGACUAACUUUGGAGCCUAAACCUAACAUGGAGCGUUUUGUGGAGGCCUGUUCUGGUAUGCAGCCACCUGGUCCAAUGAAGGAAGGGAAUGGUGAUGGUGUCCCGGGCCUGGCCAUGUUCAAUGCCAAAAGUCACACCGAGCGUGUUUGGCACUAUGAUGAGGAGGUCCGUUCUGGUGGUGGCUCGCCCAAGCCCGCCUCCCUGGGCUCCACUGAGAAGGGCGACGGUGCUGCUAACAGUGGCUUUGUUGCUCUAAACCUGAGCUCUGGGCUGCAAGAUGUUGAAUUGCAUGAAUGGGUGAUGGUAGAGAAGGGAUCUGACCUGCAGGACUUCAGAGAGGCAGCAGGAAGUAGCCCUGGUUGUGACGCCAAACUCACUAGUAGCCCAUCAGAUGAAUGUGAAGAGGAGCCAGAGAUUUUGCAGCCAAUGGAUGAAUCUCCGGAUAAAGAAUUAACUUCUAGUCCAGUACAAGGAAACAUUCCCACAGCUCUGCAUACUGUGCAGGGCCCCCAAAGAAUGGACCGAUUGGAGCUGUGUGUGAUACCUACUGCUGGUAGAGCUCCUGCUUCCCCCACCAGUCCUGGUGAGGCACUGGCUGAAGGAGCACUAUCACAGCUGACAGCUCAGCGGCCCUCUGUGCUGUCCUCCCAGACUGCAUCUGACAGCGUUCCACUGGAGAGAGGAGAUAUUGAUAACUGUAUUAACAGUGAGAUUCAUCCACAAAACAACACCACUGACAUAAAUUCUCCACAGAACCAGAUCUCCUUUCAGCCCACCAGCCCCUCAAAUGCUGAGUUGGAUCCUUUGCUAAAUGGGAAUGUUCCUCAAAAACCUUCUAGCCCAAUGCAAUGCCUGGUGGCAUCUCCACUUACACCACCUUCUCCGCAAAGCCCAGUUAAAAUAAACAGACGUUUUAGACCUCAUUCAGAUGCUCAGAAAGACACCAGCGAAAUGCUUCUUGAAUUUAACAAUCCCCAGGGUGUUUCUGUCUUCCCUGAUCACACCAUUGAGCUCAACCUGGAGGAGGAGGGCAAGGAAAAUACUCCUGCCAGAAACUGCAGUCCUACCCCUUCUUCUCUAGCCUCCACUCCCAAACAAGACCCAAGUCGACGACACAGCCGUAUCCCAGUGCUAGAACCUUAUAGCCUUUUGGAUCCACCACCGGGAUCUGCUAAAGAGAAGUUGCUGCAGAAGAGGGUUCACCAUAUUCCUCUUUCACCUUGUGCUUCCCCCUUAUUGCCCUCAGAGAGGCGUGUAAUCAUGGCUGCCAUGCAGCGGGACCAGCUUUCUUCUGCCUCUUCUGAAUGCUCUCAGGAUGACGAGUCUCUUGUGGGUUCUCGCCCUGAUCAUCAGGGUGAUGAUGCUCACUCACUAUCCUCCUUCUCUAGCCCAAUUAUACGGAAGAGCAAGAUCCCCCGCCCCGUUAUUCCAACAGCUGCCACAGACACCAGCACAGAACACUUUGUGCCUCACCCACCCCCAGGAAAACCUCCUAUCCGCUCUGCUAUGGAUGGAAGGCUACAGCGGUACAGUAUUCGUGCUGGCAGUAUUCGUGACUCAGACCUGCUGACCUGUCUGGCCCAGCUAAUGCAAGCCAGUUCACCCCGUGGCUCUCAACAUCACAGCCGCUCUUCCCCCCAGCACAUGGGCGCAAGACAUGGGUUCGUCAGUCCCAGCACCGCUGCUCACCACCUCCUCCAGCACAGCUCUAGUGCCUUGCCUCGCAGCUCCUCCUCUUUGCAGCGCUCUGCCAGCUCUUCCCCAUCCCGCAACGAGCCCCGUGGAAGCUGUCUGGGCCGCAGCCGCUCUCCCCCCAGUUUCUCUUGCUCGCCUCCUUUGCGCCGCACUCAUCCUCACAUGCAAGAAGGCUGCUGUGGACGACAGGCCCGCUCUGCUACUCUACACAUCCAAAGGGGCAAAGUCAGCAACCGUGAGGUCAGGUGCUCCAUCAAGCUGAGCAGAUAGUUAACCACAGGUUUCAGACAAUGGUUGAGGAAGUGAAUGGGUUAAAGGGUGCUCGUCUGCCCCAAUGACUACGUAAUUUGUGAUAAUGUCUACUAAUUUCUCUUGCACAUCUGCAACUUUGCCAGUGUCCUUUUAAUUUUUAGAAGCUCCCUUGCCUUCCAUCUGUCAGUGGCCUCAUUUGUAAUGUGGUGGCUUAAAUAAUACUAAAAUUGUUACUAGUUAAAAAUCAGGGGAGGUUAUUUGUGAUGCUUAUUGGCCAGUUCUUUAGAAUAGUUUUGUUUUGUUUAAAUCAUUCAGAGCUUUUAAGAAGAUGAUUGUAUGUGUUCAUGAACUACAUGGGGGUUGUCUGUUUGCAUCAAGCGUGGCUGUAUUAUAGUAUUUAUUAUGUUAUUUAUUUGAUGCACAUUGCAGCCCUCUCUUGAGUGCAGUGGCGGGUACACUAGUUGAUCGAUCAUGCCAUAAUUUUUAUGGUUGUUCUUGCUCUGAGGUUUGUCUACUGUCAGCACCUUGAGGUGGUUUGUUGCUAAGGCCUGAAACAUACUCUAGUAUGUGAUUUACAGAUGCUUUUUAGCUAUGCAAGCUCAUUUUGGGCAUUGUUGCAUAUCGAAAUGGGUCAAAAUCCAAUUCAGACCUCAACUUAAGUGAACAUUGUAUUCUCAGCAUUGCCACAAGGGGUGCAACAAUCUUGUUCUAUGGUUUAUUUCAGGAUUGCUAUUGUCAUUAUGGAGCAGUGGUUUGAACAGAAUCUUGCUGAGCAAGUUAAGCUGGGCACAAACUGAUUUUUUUGGUCCUUUACAAAUCUUGCUUUUCAAAUUGUGCGUUAUGAUCCCAGUUAGAUCUUCGGUAAAAGCCAUGGCAUUAUGUCAGACUGCAGGAUACACAUCGUAGCCAAGACAAGGCCCCAAUAUUCCUGAUUAACUUGAUGACUGGCUGUUGUGUCUCAUCUUGUCAUCAUAGGAGCAUUCAGACUGUAAAACUGCAGCGCAAACUUUCAGACACUGCCAGAACUUUACACCAAGUCCUUUUAUUUACUCUUAAGAUUCAUCGCAAAUGCAUUUAA